AUGUAUGAAAACUGCAUAGAAAAUUUCUUCAGGAGAUGCGAUCCAAGUCAGGUUGAGAGACACUCGGAUAGCUCAGAUUUCGAGAAUCCAAACGAGGUACAAUUCGAGAGUUCAAAAUUUUCAUUAAGGUCUUUAGUACGAGAUGAAACACGGUUUGAUAAGCCAGAAAGAGAUUUCAACGUCUAUCACGCCAGUAGCAAGAAGAAACAGUAUACAACACGCUCGAAAAGCCCUCAUAGAGAUAGAGAAAAUGUGACAAAACAUAGAAAAAUAAAAUCAAAUGUAAAACAACAAGAAACUGUCCCAAAACGACGGUUAAACCAAAGCGAUGAAAUGUUAGAAAGAAAAAUUAAAAAUAGCGGUGAUCAGAGCAUAUCGAAUUUGACGAAAUGGUGUUAUUCGAAAUCUAUUUUACGGGACAAGGUCAUACCGUGUCUGUCAACUAUAUUCAGACGUUCACAUAACUGUAACAAACCCAUGAUGAUUAUAGAGGAAGACAAUAAAACAAAAAGGACUGAUAAUAACAAACAAACUUGCUGUCCAUACUGUAAGCGACAAAGAUCAAGUAAAAAGAGACAGAGGAACGUCAUACCACUACAUCCAGUGUAUGCUGUUAAUCAGAAUAUACAUGGGUUCCCUAUACCGUAUUCCAUACAUCAGGUAUCGUUAACUAAAGUCGAUUCUACAGCGGAACACCAUUGCACAGAGGAGUGCUUCGAAAAUAAUUACUGCUCAUCAGAUUCUGAAGUUGAAAUUAUAAAUAAGCGUAAAGUUAAAAAAAAAAAAGAAGUUAUGAAAGAAAGGGUUCAGAGUAGAAUUAGAAGCGAAUUCAUUGAAAACGACGCUUCAAGAUGUCAACAACAGCAGUUUCCUUCGAAAUCACAACUGAUGAAACCUUACCAGGUAUUAACAUCCACGUCUUGUCAAGCAAAAUCUGAUCUGAACUUAGACACGACCCCAUCUAUACUCUGGAAUUCAAUAAAGGAGAAAAUAAACUUACCCGCUGAACUUAUAAAACCGUGCUGUUGUAAAAAACCUCCUCUACCUUGCAAUCCUGAAACAUGCAAAAGAUUAAAUGACUUAAACAGUAGUAACGACUCGAGUAUGAUUAAUAACACAAAUUUGCCUAACAUUAAUAAAGAAAACCUUUCUAAGUUCCUAGAAAACUUAUCAGGCGAAUCAAUUCCUCCAAAUCCUAUUGGAAAAAAAGAAGUUAAGAAGAAAAAACACAAGACAUCUAAUAUUUGUAAAUGUUAUGACGAUAAAAAGAAUACGAAACCGGAGACUUUGGACGCUGAGGUACAAAAGGACAUAGAGAAAACCUGUCAAGAAAAUCACGACAAAAUAGCUGGCUUACUUACUAAGAAAUAUAAUGGAGAAAUAUUAUGUAUACAUAAUCCACCGUGCAUUUUAAUCAACGGGUGCCUCAGCUUACCGCCCCCUAAAGUUGAAGUACAAGGAAACUUAUGGCCUGUUACACAACAUAAAAAAUCUAGUUUCGUACAAAUGUGUCGAAAAAUGAAACGUACUAAAGAUAUCAAACCAUACAACGAACAAUCAAGUCAGUACCAUCCACCAUACGCUGAUAUAAAACAGUGUCUGCCAGAAUUUGUCACGGAGAAAGUAAUUCAAAGUGUUUGUAAUCACAACCCACCUUGUGAAGUCGUUCACGGAUGCUAUAAAGCCAAAUACGACCCGAGGUUACAUAAUUCGUGUAUUCACGUACCGUCCUGCAAUAAAGUACCUCAAUGUCUGCUGGGGACACACUCUAUCGAGAAUAACUCCUGCGUACACAAGCCCAAGUGCCCAGAAAUACCACUCUGCUCCAGACAAUAUAUAUUACUGACUGCGAAGGAGAGUGUCAGUACACAGAUACAACCAAAGAACAAGAUCUGCCGGCAUGAGCCACCAUGUUUCAUGAUACCUAAAUGCCUAGCUACCGCUAUCUGCGGGGACUACAUCCCAGUGGGAGCCAUACCAGGUUGCACGCACAAGCCUAGCUGCGAGAUGAUUCCCGCUUGUUGCAGACAGUCUAACAAAGAAAUGGUCUCUGUUCACUCUCAAUAUCCAAAUACCUCUUGUCGCAUAGUCUGA